GACUCAAGAGCCCACGUGCUGGUGCACGCCGCUGCGGACGCGCCGCUGGAGAAGACGCUGGCAGUCGCCGCCAUCAUGGACGGCACACCCUCCGGUGCCUUGCUGUCCCCGACCGUGCUGCUGCAGUAGGAGAGCGUGGUGCGCUCGAACCUCGGCCCUGACACUGACACCAGGGACUUGCUGGACUCGCCAACCGUGGCCUCCCUGGGCGAGCUGCUGGCCACCAAGACGCUGGUGGCUGCAGGAGACAAAGAGCGUGGUGAAGACGAUUUCCGUGGCCAUUGUAGGCACGCUGGACACCGAGGGCGAGCUGCUGGAGACCAAGGACGUGCUGGACCCGAAGACCAUGGCCCCGUGGACGAGCUGCCGAAGCCCAAGGGCGUGCAGGGCCCGACGACCGUGGCCGAGCUGCUGGACCCGAAGACCAUGGCCCCCGUGGACGAGCUACCGAAGGCCAAGGGCACGGUCAAGCUGCUGUACACCAAGUGCGUGAAGCGCGGGACGCCCGUGGCCGAGCUGUGGUACAUCUGCGUGUAGGUAAAUAUAGCAAUUCCAUUUCU